CCACCUCCCGCCGCCGCCGUUGCAGCCACUCUCAGCCCGCCCUACGCCAACAGCACCGCGUUGUCUUUCGCAACCACCACCGCCCCCCCCUUUGCAACCGCGCGAUAGAUCUCUUGGUCGAUUCAAACUCUUCUUCAUUCCUCACUCACGCUCCUCCUCUUCUUCCCCUCUUCCUCCUCCUCCAUCAAAUCGCCCACUAGGCUCCCCCAGUCAUGGCUCGUAACAGGUUGCAGCAGGCCGGCGUCAACCAGUCGUAUGGAGACUACAACGCACCCUCCACCGGCUAUCCCGCCCAGACUGGCAACCCCUACGCCCAGGUGCCCGAAGCCCCUUACACCCCUCCCCAGCAAGGAGGAGGAUACACCCCUGGCAGCUACGCCGUCAGCACUCCUGGUUAUGGCCUCAACACACCCAAGGGUAACGGCGCCGGAGGCAGCUUCUGGGACCAGCUGAGCGCUACCAACUCUAUCCUCACCGAGCUCGAGCAGAAGAUCCAGGCUGUCAAGCAGGCCCAGCUGGCCAGUCUGAACUCGACCGACCCGAACGCUGUUGCGUACGCCGACCAGCUCAGCGACGAUGCCAAGAAGCUCCGUGAGGAGGCCAAGACGGCCAUCAAGGGCCUGUUCAAGAACAUCAAGGGAGACAAGAACGCAAAGGCGCAGGCGGACGCUGCCAAGACGCGUUUCACCCGCGCUCUCAACGACCACCAGCAGAUCGAGCGGGAAUACCGUCAAAAGACUCGGGACCGCGCCGCGCGUCAGUUCAAGAUUGUCAAGCCCGACGCCUCCGAAGCCGAGAUUCAGUCCAUUGUCGACAGUGGUGACACCCAGGUCUUCUCGCAGGCCCUUCUCAACACCAACCGCUACGGUGCAGCCCGCGGCGCUUACCGCGAGGUCCAGGAGCGUCACGUCGAGCUGCAGAAGAUUGAGAAGACCAUGUCCGAGCUCGCCCAGAUGUUCAGCGAGAUGUCGAUGCUGGUCGAGCAGCAGGACGAGGCCAUCACUCAGGUCGAGGACACCACACGCAAUGUCCACGAAGACAUCCAGCGGGGUAACACUGAGCUUGAUUCCGGUAUCAAGAAGGCCAUCGCCGCACGGAGGAAGAAGUGGAUCUGCUUCUGGAUCAUCCUCAUUAUCCUCAUCAUUGUCGGUGUCGCUAUCGGCAUUGGAAUCUGGCAGGGUGUCAAGAAGUAAACGGCACUGCAUUAGUCGCGCGCACUCGUCGUGUCUACUCUCUUCCCCCUAAGUCUCUGACUGGCGGUCCCUCCCCGUCGAGUCAUAAACGUAUUCUACAGAUACCCCCAACCCCUUUUCCCCCCCUGCUCUGUCACUUUAUGUUCCACCAUGGUCUACCUCUACGGUGCCCUAAUUUACAGUGGAGCUUUUUGUACUCCACUGGCGUGCGUUUCCAUACCGUGUACGGGUGACAUGCCAGUUCUAGUGUGUCUGGUUUGAUGUCUGUAGACGACGGGCUCGUCGCAACCAUAUCCCAUGCAGAUAUCCAGCGUUCGGUG